AUGGGGGUGAAAGUAGCAUCUACUUCUCCCUUCCUUCAGUGGACGGCUCAUCCUUCUUCUUCUUCCUCUUCCCCUUCUCAAACCCUAGCUUCCGGGGCGAUAUCAAAACGACGGAGCAGCUGUCGUUUCGUGCCGCAGAGACUGAACCGUUCGUCUCUCUUCGGAACUCCGUCGACGAAGAAGCUUCAACGCUCGAAAUCCUGCGAGCUGCUUGAAUCAGCUAGAUCGGCAAAAACCCAGUCGAUUCGAAGAGUUUGCAGCGCGAGCUUAGAUCCCUUCUCCGAGGAAGAGUUUUCGAAAAAAAUCCAGGAGCUAACUCUCAGAUUCAACCACCCCUCGAGCCCAGAAGUCCCCGUCACCGAUCGUAGAUUACCGCAACGAAAUUCAAUCGAGCCGCCGUGGCAGGACUCGAUGGUGCAUUCGUCGAGCAUCGAGAUGAAAGCGAACAGCGUCGAUCUCCCUCUCUCGCUCCGGAUCAUAAAGAAGAAGCGACAACAACAGUGGGAGGAAGUAGUCGUCAAACACGCCGGCGAAUCCGCGUGCGGAUCGAUGAACAAGGCCUUCUCGUCGAUGGUGUUCAUGAUCCGGGAGCUGCAGAGCUUCACGCUGCGUAUGAGAGAGUUUCUCUUCUACGAAGACUUGCAAGGGAUCUUGCAACGAGUGAGAGAAGAGAUGCACGCGUCUUUCGUCUGGCUGUUUCAACAAGUCUUCUCUGCUACGCCUACGUUGAUGGUUUACGUCAUGAUCCUCCUCGCCAAUUUCACUGUUUACUCCAUCGGUAGCAACUCCGCUUUAGCAUCGCCUCAUCCUCCGACGACGGCCACGGUAACAGAGCUAACUGAAACAGAUGAAGCAAACGAGAAUUUCGAUUCCUCUGUAGUCAAAACGUUCUUUGUGUCUUCUUCUCCCAACGGGAAUACAACUUCAGUCGGCGGUAACAACAACGGCGGCGGUGGAAAUAUUCGUCCGGUGCUGAGCGGAACAGACGGUGAUGGAUUCGAUGGAUCAGAACAGUUCAGAACAACUUCACAAAUGUCAUCAUCAACAACAUUUGGGUCUACGACUAGAGAGUCGGAGACGUCAGUGUCGGGGCAAGAUGAGCUUAGGCUGUGGAAUUCGAUAGUGGAUGAAGCAGAGGAAAUGCAGUAUUCAAAUGUAGACGAUGCGUUGGAUCACGAGACGAGGAAACGGUUCGUGUCUCCAUUGGAUGCUCGAUUAGAGACGGAGCAACACACGGAUUACUUCAAAACAGAGCUUUUGUACCAAACGGGACUGUCUCAGGAGCCUAGUAAUCCUCUGCUUCUAGCUAACUACGCUCAGUUCCUCUACAUCGUCUCUAAUGACUAUGCCAGAGCGGAAGAAUACUUCAAGAGAGCGGUAGGAGUGGAACCGAAAGACGCGGAGGCGCUAAACAAAUACGCGACGUUCUUGUGGAGAGCAAGGGACGAUCUAUGGGCGGCAGAGGAGACUUUCUUGGAAGCAAUCGAUGCCGAUCCGACCAACUCUUACUACGCCGCUAAUUACGCUAAUUUCUUGUGGAACACCGGAGGUGAUGAGACGUGUUUCCCUCUUGAUGAGUCUCACGAAGACACUGUCUAG